GUGCUUUCGCUGAUCCGUACAUAGCGAUCUUCAUAAAAUUGAUGCAUGCCCUCCUCGGCCUAUAUGUAUGGGAGUUCUUUGUCUCUCUAGACUUCGACUGGGCAGUCUUGACAGGCAAGAAGAAGUUCCAUUGGCCAAUGAUAUUCUACUUUGCUGGCCGGUAUCUUCUUCUGUCUGCAAUGGUCGGAAUUGCCGUAGGACUGGAUACACCAAGGGAAAUCAACUGUCGGGCACUGUAUGCCUUUAAUCAGCUAGCUGGUGAUGCAGCAGUCGGACUCGCGAGCAUCAACCUUUCUCUCCGAACGGUAGCUAUUUGGGCGCAUAACAAGUGGAUCAUUAUUCUCCUGAUACUGAUCAUCAUCGGGCAUUGGUCACUGAUCCUGCAAGGUCUUCUCCUGACUGCCGUCUGGGUUCCCGGUGUCGGUUGUCAAAUCAUGCACAGCAAUACCACCAUCCUUGCUGCAACUUUUAUUUAUUCGAUGUGUUUCGACUUUGUGGUCAUGUGUCUUUCAGCAUACAAGCUCGCCUGGAUACCCAUGCGGAGGGGUACGAACGGCGCACGUACUAAACUCGUCGGGAUGUUGUUCUCUGACGGGUUAAUAUACUUUUUCAUUACGUUUGUGGUUAACUUGAUUGCCACCACGUUCAUGAUACUCCACUUGAAUACCAUCACGAGUAUCAUUUUCAAUGUCCCAGCUGCUGUUGCUUCAACGAUCGUGGCAUCUCGUGUUGUCAGGCGACUGAACAACUUCCAGCUUUCAGGACCGGAGCUGUUCUUGUCUGAGCGAAACUCAAGUAUUGCAUUCAAGGCCAACAGUGCAGUACUUUCCAGGUCAGGUGUCGUACCCAUCGCCCCUGACAUCCAGGUUGAGAUGAAUACAUUCACACACGUGGAGAAUAUUGACCUGGAGCGGUAUUCUGGCGCCCAUUGUAGCAAGUCUUCAGCAGACAGCUACGAUGGGGAUUGCAAGCCUGUCCAGGUCAUUUGAUUACCUGGAUGUUAGGUUGCCUUCGAUAGAAUACGAUGUACCAAACAUCUCCGAAUCAAAGCAAAUUGGACAGAAGAGGUCGGUAAUGCAUACGCGUGACUCUGGAUACGAUGCAUCAGUUGCGAUGUAUCAUGCCCUGCCUUGACUGUCCGUGAUGCGUUGUGGAAGGUGCGGGAGCCUCGGAGAGGAUGCAGGAGGUGCGGGAUGUACCAAAGAGGUGGGAAGGCAAUCUGUCUACAUACUACUCUAAUUUCACAAAGCAUACGCUUACACGACCUGCUCGAUAACGAAUUUACUUCAUGUUGGAUAAACUCGGAUGGAUUAUUCACAAUAUACUCGUCAUCUACUCUACUAA